AUGGUGGAGGUGGCAGAGACACGGGUGCUUUUUUCCAACAGCUCUCGUGGUGGCGGCCUUGGUUCCCGCAAACAGAAAGAGCUGCCAACAGAACCCCCUUUCACAGCAUACGUGGGAAAUCUGCCCUUCAACACUGUGCAAGGAGACAUAGAUGCCAUCUUCAAGGAUCUCAGCGUAAGGAGUGUACGACUAGUCAGAGACAAGGAAACAGACAAAUUUAAAGGAUUUUGUUACGUAGAGUUCGAUGAGGUGGAGUCACUCAAGGAAGCUCUUACGUACGAUGGUGCACUUUUGGGUGACCGAUCACUCCGAGUGGACAUAGCAGAAGGCAGAAAACAGGAUAAAGGAGGCUUUGGCUUCAGGAAAGGUGGCGGGCCUGAAGACAGAGGAAUGGGAGGAGGUUCCAGAGAAUCCAGAGGAGGUGGAUGGGAUUCCAGAGAUGACUUCAAUUCUGGAUUCAAAGAUGAUGACUUCUUGGGAGGCCGGGGCAGAGGAACCCGCCCUGGGGACCGGCGACCACCAGGUGCCUCCAUGGGAAGCGGCGGCACCGGCCGCUUCAGGGAUGGGCCUCCCCUUCGUGGGUCUUCCAUGGAUUUCAGAGAGCCAACAGAAGAGGAAAGAGCACAGCGACCCCGACUUCAGCUCAAACCUCGAACAGUUGCUACCCCCCUCAACCAAGUAGCCAACCCCAACUCUGCCAUCUUUGGUGGAGCCAAGCCCCGGGAGGAAGUAGUAAAAGAGCACGACUGAGUUUGAGGUUGAGAGGGAAUGGGGAGGCGGGAGAAAAAGCAAGACAGUACAGAGUGACUAGCUCUGCUGGAAUGUCAACCCUGCAGUUUACCAUUCCUGCCAUCUGGCAUUUGUCCUCUUUGAAACUGAAAAUACAGAGCUUGUGAAUGCAUGUCAGCUGUUAACAAGUGGUUUUUAGUACGUUCUUGGCUUUGCUGUAUCUAGUGCCUGCUUUGUGCUGAGUUUCCCUCUUCUGUUUCCUUCCAAGCAGCACAGUUGCCAGUAGAUAAGGCAGGGUAGCUGCUUCCACGAGUGUGGAGGUCUCUGGAUAAAGGUGCUGCCUCAGCUUCUUCCUUUCUGGGUUUAUUUUACUUUAGAAGCACAGGUUAGACUUAGUUACUGCCCUGUACUGUUUCCUUUUACUUCCUCAGUGCUCCUCUUCUGACCUGCUUGUCCUGUUCUGUAUUGCUGUGGCUCUGAAGAGGAAAACUGGAGAGUCCAGAUGAGUUGAACAGAAAUUUACAGUUCUAACCAAGUAGUGAAAUACCAUUUAUGACAAUUGGUGACAGAGUUACUGGACACAGCAGAUCCCCUUCUAAAACUGAGAAGGGGUAACUGCCCUUUCACACAGCUUACCAGGAAGUAUUGAUUUAAUUGGUGCAAAUAUAAUUGGCUGACAGGAAGCCUGGUGAAUUGGUGGUGGAAUCACUAUGGAUGAAGCAUCUGCCAGCAGGCUCUAGCUGGUGGCUGUCUGCUGAUUUCAAAAUGGUAUGAUGCUACAGCCCUGAGCUCCAGGUUAGUGCUGCAAAAACGUGCCUAUUUGAGCACAACUGCUCACUGGCUCUUUCUGCUUACGUUUCUUUUUUUGGGUUUUACAUGUUUGGUAAAUUUUUAAAUGAAGUUUCUACAAAUAAAGCUGACUUUUUUUAU